AUGGCAUCAGCGGCCUCUGCAGGAACCUUUGAAGCGCGUAGCGCCACCGUCUCGCGCGUUACCAACGAGACCAAGAUCCAGGUUUCGCUUUCAUUGGACACGCACCCUACCCUCGCACCACAAACCAUCAGCGUCAAGACUGGUAUCGGCUUCCUCGACCACAUGCUCCAUGCGCUCGCCAAGCACGGCGGGAUGUCGCUGACCCUGGCCUGCGACGGCGAUCUCUGGAUCGAUGAUCACCACACUGCCGAAGACUGCGCACUCGCUCUCGGAGCAGCAUUCAAGAAGGCGCUCGGUCCCGUGAAAGGUAUCAAGCGUUACGGAACCGGCCACGCUCCACUCGACGAAGCGCUCAGUCGCGCCGUGAUCGAUAUCAGCUCGCGCCCUUACUGCAUUGCAGAACUCGGGCUCAAGCGAGAGAAGAUUGGAGACCUCAGCUGCGAGAUGAUUCCGCACGUCUUCCACAGCUUUGCGAUGGAGGCGGGCGUAACGCUGCACGUCGACUGCUUGCGCGGUGACAACGAUCACCACCGCUCCGAGUCGGCGUUCAAGGCUCUCGCUCUCGCCAUCAAGGAGGCAAUCACCAGAACCGGAUCGGACGACGUUCCCAGUACCAAGGGUGAGUAUGCUGCUUUCUCUGACGCUCAGAGCAGCGAGCAACGAGCUUCGAUGCAGGCUAUGCGGCUGCUGACUCUUUUAUUCUCUUCAUGUGACACCAACUUUGCUUUGCGUUCCAGGCGUUCUUUGAGUCGAAUGGCACAGCGAUAUGUAUCUUCUAGCGCUGCAAAGACAAUCAAUCGCCUCAUUUUCUGCUCUUUGCUCGCAAUCAUAUCGUGGUCAACUGCGAUCUUUGAGGCACUCAUAACAAAUGCACAGUUUGUCGCCUGCCAGUAG